ACUUCAGCUCAAGUUGAUUCAUCGUUGUCUGCUCUUUCUAGUUCAGCACUGCAUUCUCUCUGUAACUUGCGCAUAUAAUCAUACUGUAGUGAUUUUUUUUUUAAUUGUGGGAGGACCUUGGCUGCAGACUGUUCACUAAGCUUUGAGUGUCAGUUACGGGAGAAUUUGCUUCAUCAGCUUGUUUUAGUCGUGUGCUGUUCUGGGUGCUGCGAUCUGUGAAUCCUUGAGUUUUUGGUUAAAGGCAGGUAACGGUAGUGAGGAAGAGAUGAAGCGAUCGACGAUUGCUUGAUUGAAUUAGAAUGGGUAUAUGAAGAAGCACGAAGCAGUUACAGAAUCCAGAAGAAUCCAGGAGUAGGGAAUAGUGGGUUCACAGUUUAUUGCCGGCUUCAGAGAAAAGACAGCUCGAUCUUGUAGAGAUUAUCAUCUCGUACCAUGGGAAGUCUAGACAAUACUUCACGAAUUGCGAGGCAAGAGUUGGAGGUAGCACACAAAACUGUGAACGAUGAUAGAUCCAAGAGUGGCGUCACAUCCAAUCAGGGAGAUGGAGGUUCCGUGCCGCAAUUUCACUACUUCUGUAAACCUCAUUCCACCACGGUCGGCACCGUGCUUGUACUAAUCUUUUACCACAUGCUGCCGUUCACUGCUAUUCCCCACAUCCUCCUGUUCAUGUACCUUCCCUACUACCUCCAGCAGCGAUGCAGCUACGCUGGAUUGACAAUCUACGUUGGGUUCUUGCUUUCGCUUCUUGUCGUUCCGCCUUACUAUUCCAAGACUGUCCGACGAAAGGUCCGAGUCUUGUACGAGGCUUUAGCUGUUCACCUGCCGAGUGCCAGGUUUAUCAUUGUGCCUAAGGAGCCCCUCCCACAAGACAAGGGUUACAUCUUCGCAAUUCAUCCGCACGGGCGUAUGUUCUACUCUAAUGCCUUGUUCUCGCAGUUGCAUGAGAUUUGGAGAGCGCCUCUCAAGCUCACCCAUGGUGAUUUGUUUCAAACUGCCGCGGGAGGGUUUUUCUAUGCACCGUUUGCCAGAAACUGGUUCUACAUGAUUGGGAUUAUGCCAGCAAGCAAGGAGAACAUUGUUGACAAGCUCAGGAAUAAGGAUCAUGUAACUAUCGCAGUGGGUGGCGUGAGGGAAGUAUGUUUGGGCACCCAAGUCGAUGCAGAUGUGUUGUACAUCAAGAGGAGGAGGGGAUUCCUUCAGAUAGCUAUGGACGAGGGCGCCGGAGUAGUACCUGUCUACGCUUUCAACGAAAAUCAAUUAUUCAAGCACGAUCCUCGAUUCCUCUUGGAUUUCUGGCAAUGGGUAAACAAUUAUGUGAAGAUUGGAGUCCCCUUCAUGCGAGGAUACUUUAAUCUGCCGAUGCCUUAUUCCAAGGAACUGCUUCUUGUUUUCGGAGAACCUCUAUUUUCAAAAGAAGACGAAAGUAUAGAAGAUUUCCAUGCGCGAUACGUAGAAAGUUUAACGCAGCUAUUUGAGAGGUAUGUUCGCUUCUCUCCAGACCCCAAGCACAAGCUCAUUCUCAAGUGAAUGAUGCCACGCUCACAACAGAUGUCAGAACGGCUGUGAUUAACCGGAAAAUCCAGAGAACGUGGAACAUUACUCACAGAGUGUUGGAAGAGCCAUAGAUUGGUUUAGAAUCUACAAUUCGUAAAUCCUGGUACUGAAACUCGAUUCUGAAGUGAAUCAAUCAAUCCGAUUCCUUCACAUUUCUUGCUCAUUAGUAUACACUUCAGACUUGCAAUAUAAUCCCAUGUAUGUGAAGAUAUUCUUGUCAUCAAGAGUGGAAGAACUGAUAAUACUGGAAGUCACAGAAAUACGGAUUUACGUGA